AAAGCAUCAGGAAGAUUAUYGAAAAAUCAUCUAUAAAGUUUGUUUGUAGCGUUAAACUCGACUCCAAAAAUGGUAAAACUGAGGACAGAAUUCUGGUUCUCACAACAUGGCGUCUCUAUUUCCUGGCUCCAAAGGUCCCUGCUAAGGUWGAAACUACAUUCAACUUCUUAGAGAUUCGAGCUUUAAAUUCUCACCCUGAUCACCAGGGGUCAGAGGUCACUGAGCAGGUCCUGCACACAGUCAGCAAAUCCUCCAGCCUUGAAGAGAUCACAUUAGAAAACGUUGGAUUAAAAUCUGACUUCCCACAGAAGAUGUCAGCUGCUCUGUCAGAGAAUCCUGCCUCUGUCAUUCACUCCAUUAAUUUGGCACACAACUCAUUGGACAACCAAGGUGUGUCCAACUUAAUCCAGCAGGUGUGUCGCCUCAGCAAAGGUCUUCGUUUCCUCAAUCUGUGCAAGACAUCUUUGACUUCGAAAGGUGUGGUGUCUCUGUCUCAGGCUCUGUGCUCUAGUGAUGAAUACUCCAACUCCCUGCUGCACCUGGACCUGAGCAAGAACCCUGGAGUCCUCUCAGGGGACGACGCCUCGAACCUGUAUCUGUUCUUGUCCCAGCCCAACUGCCUGGUCCACUUGGAUCUGUCAGGCACAGACUGCUCUGUUGACUCUCUAUUUGGGGCUCUUCUGAGGGGCUGCUGUGCUGAUCUUUCCUUUCUGAAUCUUUCCAAAAAUACUUUCUCCCACAGAAAAGUGAAGGACAUGCUGCCGUUGUUUCGUCAGUUCUUCAGCUCAGCCUUCAGCCUCACUCAUGUCAGUCUGGCCUCUAUGAAGCUGCCCCCUGAUGUUCUGAGGGCUGUCCUCAGUGGUUUGACCUCCAAUCCUCACAUUACUGAUCUUCAUCUGGACCUCAGCAGCUGUGAG